AUGGCUGGCCUGGCCAGAAACUCUGACGAUGAUGAAAAACUCCAAAUACUCGCAGAUCUUGGCGAAAGCACAAGCGAUACACUGGGCACCUUGUGCAGAGAUCAAGCAGUGACUCUGAAAGGUUUCGCAAAGGUUAAGGUCGUCGACUACCAUAAACCCUCCGACAACUCCAUCACAAUAGCUCCAAAAUCCAAUGACAUCAUGGUUUUCCAUUAUAGUGCGACUUAUUCCCCGAUUAGCGAAGAUGGAAACAUUCAGAUUCUGUACAGCGCCAACGUAUUUGAUCAGAGCAUAAACAUUCCGCUCCACGAUGACUACAGUGGGGAUGAAAUUGCUGUCUUCUCGUCGGCUUCUCAAAAGCCCUCAUCGCCAUGCGAUUACUAUCUCGGAGAUUGGGAGUCGGUACACCAUUCGAAUCAAAUGCAGACACACCUUACCUGUGGAUCACAUCUAGAGCAUCUGCUUGAGCCUAAACGCAAUUAUCCUGGAAUUACGGCUCCCUACUUUUACUUCGCCAAAGACGGAGGUACUUGUACACCAAUGCACAUCGAAGAUGCGGGGCUUCCCUCUGUCAACAUGGUCCGCUGGGGUUCACCAAAGACAUGGUUGAUCGUCGAGCCUGGCUCAUCGAGGAGGCUCGAAGAGUUUGCUGCUUCCAGAAAGUUGGGCGGUAAAACGAGGGGUGGUCGACGACGUUUAGAUGGGCGCAAGACGUGUUCGCAGUUCAUCCGACAUUCAAAUAUACUAUUCUCACAGGAGACACUGGACGGCUGGGGCAUCAAGUACAGUAUCGUUGUCUGCAAGCCUGGGGAGUUGAUUGUCACCCUGCCGUACACUUAUCAUCAGGUGGUAAACCUCGGUAUGAACUUGGCGGAGUCGACCAACGUAUUGUGGCCAGGUACAGACCUUCGGUUGGGAAGCUACGCGUUCUGCAGUAAAAGACGAUGCGGCAACAGAGAUUCAUCAAUGAAAGAGACGGAUUUUGCGGUCCCGGUUCAAGACGACCAGGGCGAUUUUUCAGGGAUCGAUGCACAAACAACUGCUAAAACGAACCAAAUCCAAUAG